CUUCUCCCCAACUUUGUUGAACUUGUCUCGGCCCCUGAUAAACUUUGUUGGAGCUACAAACUGGUAGUUGUCGUCGCCGAAUAUUCUCUACAGUAACCGCACGCUCUGGAUUCUCGUGUGCAUUGCUGUCCGAUCCAAUGGCCGGCCGAUUCGUGCGCGCGUCGAAAUACCGACACGUCUUUGGCAAGCCCACCAAAAAGGAGUUCUGCUAUGACAACCUUCACAUCAGCCGGAAUGCCUGGGACACCAACCUGGUGAAGGUCAAUCCCGAGUACCUCUCCGUCAACUGGGAGUCGAGCGGCGGCGGUGCAUUUGCCGUCAUCCCCCUGAACGAGCGCGGCAAGCUGCCCGAUCAAAUACCGCUGUUCCGAGGCCACACUGCUGCUGUGCUGGACACCGACUGGAAUCCUCAUAACGACCGCAUCAUUGCUUCGGCGUCCGACGAUGCCAAGGUCUUCAUCUGGGAGGUGCCACAGGGCUUCACGCUGUACACCGAUGCUGAGGAGGUUCCUGAUGUGUCGCCAAUCAGCAAACUGUCUGGUCACUCGAGAAAGGUCGGACAUGUACUCUUCAACCCCGCUGCCGAGCAUAUCCUCGCUUCCUCCUCCGGCGACUUGAGCAUCAAGCUGUGGGAUAUUAGCACUGGCCAGGCCCCGAUCACUCUUAAGCACCCCGACAUGGUGCAGAGUCUGUCGUGGAGCGCCAAUGGCUCGAUGCUGGUGACCACUUCUCGGGACAAGAAGCUGCGUGUGUGGGAUGUGCGCCAGGAGAAGCCGGUUCACGAGUAUGCAGGCCAUGAAGGCGCCAAGAACAGCCGCGCGGUGUGGAUGGGCGAGCACAACCGCAUUGCCACGACCGGUUUCUCGAGGAUGAGCGAGCGGCAAAUCGGCUUGUGGGAGCCCGGCCGGAAAGACCCCAUCGGCGGCUUCACCUCGCUCGACUCCAUCUCGGGCGUCUGCAUGCCCUUCUGGGACGACGGAUCCAAUUGUCUCUAUCUUGCUGGAAAAGGCGACGGCAACAUUCGCUACUUCGAGUACGAGAACGACAAGUUCGAGUUCUUGUCUGAAUACAAGUCAGCCGAUCCUCAACGCGGUGUCGCUUUUGUGCCGCGCCGUGGCGUCGACGUCCGCGAGAACGAGGUGAUGCGGGCAUACAAGACCGUCAACGACACCUACAUCGAACCCAUCUCGUUUACCGUCCCCCGCCGCGCGGAGACGUUCCAAUCCGACAUUUUCCCUCCCGCCGUCGGCCUCAAGCCCGCCAUGUCCGCCAAGGAAUGGUUCGACGGCAAGACCGCGGUGCCACCCAAGAUCGACCUCGAGAGCGUAUACGAGGGCAACGCGCCUGUUGAGGUGCCUGCGGACUACAAGCCUCCCGCGGCUGCGUCCGCUCCCGUCCCUGCGCCGGCGCCCGCCCCCAAGAAGGAGCCCGAGCCAGCUCCUGCCCCUGUUCGUGCUCCAGCCACGAUGGCCGACCAGAAGACCUCCAUAUCGGCCAUGGCGAACAAGUUCAAAGACAACGAGGAGGAAGAAGCGGAUGACGACGCCGAGACAUCGAACUUCGAGGAAAAUUCGCGGCCCGGGACGCGUACUAGUAGCCUCCCAGUCCGGUCUCCCGCCAAGCCGCAGCCCGUCUCGACAACGACGACUGCACCCGCUCCCCAGGCGAAGCCCGCAUCGCCCGUCAAGUCCCCGCAAGCCUUCCCUCCGCCGCCUGCUUCCUCCUCCGCCUCCCCCGCUGCCGUCGCUGCCCCUGCGGCUGCGCCAUCAGCCAGCCCGGCCGUUGAGGCGUCGCUGGAGCAGAUUAAGCAGCUCCUCGUGCAGCAGGCCACGCUCAUCGGCGCCCAGAACGAGAAGAUUCUUGCCCAGACCCAGAUGAUCACGCGCCUGACGGCCGAGGUCGAGACGCUUAAGAAGAGGGUGGUGGACGCGGGCGUGGGCGGCACCCAGGUGGACCAGAGCGAGCGAAUCCGGCAGCUGGAGCUGGAGCUGGAGGCUGCCAGGUCUUGACGUAGAGGUGGAUGGAUGGGAUGGGAUGGGUUAAGUGGGGGGGAGGGCGCAGUAAGGCUGGAGAGGAUGGUAAUGGUGGGGAGUGAGGGGUUUAGUGUCUAGAUGGAUUCCGGCUGGGGCAAGAUGAUGGAUGUUUUAUGAGCAUUGACUGGGUGUCUUGGGCGGCUCGUUGGAGUAUUUCCUUGCAUUGUUCAUGAUGGGAGGCACUACUUGGUCGGAAAAUUCGCGUUGGCUUCUUUCCUGGAGAGGUAGCCUAACAAAUACCCGAAUUCGUACAGUUGAAAUUCUCGCAACCAGAGAG